AUGUCGACGAUACAGCAGCUUAAGAACUUCAUCCGACACGGAAAGCAAGCCCGGGUCACAAACCCUGACGAGCCGGUACCCAAGCAGCAACACUCGCCCCCUCAGAAGGCGCAGUUGGGCGUCUCCGAGCCUGCGUAUCCCGCUGCCAACCCUGUCCAAGCACUCCCUGAAGCGUACUCAGUCGCCGGCGAUGGCCAGCAGAACCGUGCCGCUCAAGCUGGCCACGCUGCCGCCCACGCCGUCGAGCCGAACCAGCACAAGACCUCCAAGGCGGGCAAGAAUAUCGAUAACACCCACAUCGCGAAGCUCAUUGCCGAGGAGAACGAAAGCAAAAGCAAGUUCCCGAGAUACCCUGGUUUGGAGAGAUGGGAGCUGCUCGAGAAGAUGGGCGAUGGCGCCUUCAGCAACGUCUAUCGCGCGCGCGAUACCACGGGCGAACAGGCCGGCGAGUGUGCCAUCAAGGUCGUCCGCAAGUAUGAAAUGAACAGCAUGCAGAGAGCCAACAUCUUGAAAGAGGUUCAAAUUAUGCGCCAGCUUGACCACCCGAACAUUAUCAAGCUCAUCGACUUUUCAGAGUCGAGGCAAUACUAUUACAUCAUCCUCGAGUUGGCCCCCGGUGGCGAGCUUUUCCACCAGAUCGUCCGUCUUACAUACUUCAGCGAGGAGCUCUCGAGGCAUGUCAUUGUACAAGUCGCGCAGGCUCUGGAAUACCUGCAUGAGGAGAGAGGUGUUGUCCAUCGUGACAUCAAGCCGGAAAACAUUCUUUUCAGCCCGAUUCCCAUCGUACCAUCCAAAAACCCCAAGCCCAAGCAGCCCGGUGAUGAAGAUAAGGUCGACGAGGGCGAGUUUAUCCCUGGUGUUGGGGCGGGCGGUAUCGGCCAGAUCAAGAUCGCCGAUUUUGGACUCUCAAAGAUUGUCUGGGACAACCAAACCAUGACGCCUUGCGGUACCGUCGGGUACACAGCUCCCGAGAUUGUCAAGGAUGAGCGAUACUCCAAGUCUGUCGACAUGUGGGCCUUGGGCUGUGUUCUCUACACGCUCUUGUGCGGUUUCCCCCCAUUUUACGACGAGAGCAUUGAGGUUUUGACGGAGAAGGUUGCCAAGGGGCAGUACACAUUCUUGUCUCCCUGGUGGGACGACAUUUCCAAGUCGGCACAGGAUCUCAUUUCUCACCUUCUGACCGUGGACCCUGAGAAGCGAUAUACCAUUACCGAGUUCUUGGCCCACCCGUGGGUCAAGGGUUCCGGCCCGACACCCCGGGACGAGAAGAAGAACCAGGAUAUGCUCCGCGCAUUCGAUGCUUCGAGGAUCGUCGACGGUGACCGCCGCUAUGACUUCCGCUCCCCCGGGGCGGUCAACCUGCGUGAGGUGUUUGAUGUCGGUUACGCUGUGCACAGACAAGAGGAGGAGGCCAAGCGUCGGAAGCAGGUCGGAUCCAAGGGUGGUGUUCCUGCUCGCUUCCUCAACAACCUUAAUGAGGAGUCGGAGGACGAGGAUCAGGAAAUGGCUGAGAACAAGGAGGCCGAAUACGUCCACAAGCCGUCCCAGGGUACGCAAGCGCUUGAGCAAAGCAUGCGUAAUGCGCAGAUUAAAGAUCAGCAAGAGCAGCAGCGCGGUCGUGAACGCGAGCGACAAGCACCCAUCAAUGACAAAGGCUAUGGUCAGCACUCGGCAGCUGUUACCGCCGCGGCCCGCCAACAGGUUAGAGACCGCAACAGGCAGAAGGGUGCUUUUGAGCUUAGCCUCGACGGUGCCACCCUGCUGGGCAGGCGGAACAAGCAACCUCUCGCGGCUCGGGCUGGCGGGGCAUAG